GAGGACCUAGAGAAAAGAGGUCUCUGAGCCAGGCCACAUGGCUGGCCUCUGGGUACAGAGGAAGGGGCAGAGUCUGCAAUUGGUCCAGCUCCCUGACUGAAAAUUACCUGCCCCUUUUCUGUCUUCUGAUCAAGGGAAAGCCGAACAGCCUUCAUGGACCACAACUUUGCACCUCCUCCUCCUCCUCCAGAGAUGCAGCCACACAGGGCUCCAGGCCCCAGAACUUCUUUCUCUCGCAGCCACUUGCUGGGACGCCAUACCCACCAAAAGCUCCCUGGAGAUGUGUCCCCCCUCAUCCCUGUCAUCAAGAAGACUGUCCAUUUGGAUGCCUUUCCCCAAAGCAAUGUCCUACAGACUUCCAGCCAACCAAGCCUUAGAUCCAGGGCCUGGAGUAUGUCCCAACAGGGCACUCUAGGGUCCCUGAGCUCCAUGCCCCCCAAUAGCUUUAUGCCCAGGAAACUUAGCUCUAUUUCCUUCACGAUUCACCAGAAUGUCCAAGCACGGCCCCUAGAUGCCUCACUUUCUCGUUGGGAAGAGUUGCCCAAUUUGGGCAGGGAGGCUAUGACCCAUGGAGAAGGGAGGCUGUCCACAUCAAGAUCACCACCCAUGGCCCAAGUGCCAGAGGUCAGGACCUCCUCUGAUGGCCAUAGGAACCCAGAUCUUAACAAAUCCAAUAGGACACCCUCAGGGGAUAAGCCCCUGAUGUCUUCAUAUCUGUCUUUACCUUUCCAAUCUCAGUUCACUCAGAGUUCAGGCUCUGUGGGUCAAGUUCAAACUAGAACCUCUCCAGGAAGAGGCAAGUCCAAGCCCAGGGGUAUUCCCAGGUCCCGAGCAUACCUCCAAAGGGUUACCACUCCCACAAAUUUGUCUGCUGUGGGCACAAAACUAGAUAUAGCCAGAAAUUUAGGCACAAUGGCCAUCAAUAGACCUGAUCUGGCUAUCAAUAUGCCCACACCAAACCCAUCCAGAAUGGUCAGAGGCACUGAGCUUCCUAUUCUAGGUGCCAAGAUGGGCAUGGCCAUUGACUUACCGAUAGCAUCCAAGGCAGGAAAAGCCACAGAUUCAGUGAUAGCAGGCCCACCCAAACUAUGCAUAGGCAUGAAUUUAGCUAGAGCAGGGACACACAAGCCAGACCAGGUUCUGAAUUUGGUAACUGCAGACUCAGACAAGCUGGAAAAUGUCAUGGUUAUGAACAGAGAUUGCUCAGCCAUGGCUUUGGAAAUAACAGAUCAGGUAGAUCUGAGCAUAACCAGGUUGGACACAGCCACAGCUCUGGCUAGAGCUAAUAUUGCCAAGCUGGACACAAUUACAGAUUCUUCUGUGUUGGACACAAGCAGACUGGGUACAGCCGUGGACCCAGUUGUGCUAGUUUGCCCAGAUCCAGCAACUGAUGAGACUGAGCUAGACAUUGUCAAUCACCUGACCAUUGAAGAUGCUGCAACCUAUUCUGUGAUGCCAAGCAGAAGCACAGACACUGGCCAGGACCAUACCACUGAAGAUGCUGCCACAGAGAGUGCCACAGAACCUUCCUCACUUGACCUGGCCAGAGAACCCAAAGGUAAGUGCAAGAACUUGGUUGGGGAGGUACUGUUGCUGGGGAUCAGGGUGAAAUAG